AUGAACACAACUGGAUUUUCGAUGUUAACAACCAAGCAGCUUAUUGCUGUAUACGGACCCGAGUCACCGUUCAGUGAUCCAGAACAGCUGAAAUUCUUUUUGUCGCUAAACGAAAGUCAGUUACAUCAGCGCCUAAUUGACGAUAUUCGGCACCUAUCAAAGGUUGAUUCAAAAACCAUCAAAAUUCGUCAGAAGAGGCAGGUACUGUCGCCCACGGUGCUUCGUGCGCUCAUCUUCGAUCCAGCUGCUGCUUCGGGACCCAGCAUACUCUCUCCUGUUUUACUCACAAUCUCAGUAUUUUCUCCGAGUAUAUUUGGCGUUGCCGUGUUAAGUCCCUGGUUAUUUUUUCCUUUUAUUCUUUCGCCUACUUUGAUGAGCCCAUUAAUUUUGAAUCCGGUAGCACUGAGCCCGGUGAUUCUAUCGCCGGUCGCACUAAGUCCAGUCAUUCUUUCCCCGGCCUGUAUGGUUCCUUUCAUCUUAUCACCCUUCCUUUUAUCACCGGCCAUUCUAUCACCCCUCGUUCUCAGUCCGGCAAUUCUGUCUCCUCUGGUACUGACUCCGAUAAUUUACUCGCCUGAUGCCGUUGAUGCUAUCAUUGCUACUCCGUAUUUGUUAUCACCAAUCCUUUGGUCCCCAUCCUAUCUUUCCACUCAAAUUUUCUCACCAAAAGCCUUUUCGCCAGCAAUCAAUUCUUCAGGUAUCGCAUCUUCAGAGUUUUUUUCUCCUACCAUAUUUAGUUGA